GUUUUACAGAUAUGGUAAGAUUACUGUUGAAGUAAAUGCAGACAGAGGUCUUCUGCAAGAUUAUUGACAUAAUACUAUAGACUAAGGGCUGCCUUGGUGUAGACAAACCAGCAUCAUGGCUGAUGGUGUCCUAGAGGUGUGGGUUCGAGACCAGCUACAUGAUAUCCUUGGUAUCAGUGAUCGCUAUAUAGCAGAAUAUCUGAUUGGACUUGCCAAGAAGUCAUUCACCUCAGAAGCUUUUGUAGACACCCUACAGAAAACUGGAGCAAUUGAAGUCGAUAAUCGAACCAUUGCAUUUGCCAGUCAACUGUGGAUGAAGAUACCCCGCAAAGUAAGCUCAUCUGUUGUCAAUAGAGCAAUGGAGAAAGCAGCCAUCAGUCAGCAUCAGCAGAAUCAAAAGUACCAGAUAUUGUCAUCAGAUGAUGAUGUUGACAUAGUAGAGACAAAACCAUCAACCAAAAAGUCAAUCAAGUCCAAAAAGCGUAACAUUAGAAAAAAGGAAGCAUCAUCAUCAUCAUCAUCAUCAAGUGAGAGUGAAGAAGAACAGCGACACAGUAAGAAACGAAGAUUUAAAGAUGAUACUAGCUCGGAUUCGGAUGAAUGGAACAAAGAAGAGAAAGAACGGUUAAAAGAUCUAAAAGAGCGUGAUGAGUUUGCGAAUAGACUGAAAAGGAAAGACAAGGAUAGAACAAGGAAUGUUGCUGAUAAGUCGAGCAAAGAGGCAUAUGAAGAAGCCAAGAAAAGGUUGGAGAUGGAAGAAGAAGAUAAGAAAAAGAUGAUACCAGACAUUAGAAAAAAGUCUCGGCGGAAGUAUCUGGAGAUGAGGAAAGGAGACAAGCUUGAUGAGCUGGAGAUGGAUGUGCUAGAUGAGGAAUAUCUAUAUUCUGGCUUGAAACUGUCUGAGAAAGAAAGAAGGGAUGCUGAAUAUAAGAAAACUAUAUUGCAAUUAACUAAGAACUACAAGAAAUCAGGAGAUAAAGAGAGGGAAGAACGCUACCAUAUGCCGACAGAUGAUGCGAAACCUCAAGAAAGAUAUGUUGAACCUAAAGGUGAUGAGAAAGUUGCAGGCUACGAGCAGAAGAAAUGGGAAGAGGAACAGAUGAAGAUGGGACAGAUGAGUUUCGGUGCUAAGGAUGCCAAAAAGAAGCAUACUAAGGAGUAUGACCUAGUAGUAUUGGAUGAGUUUGAUCAGAUUGACUUUGUGAGUGCACUUCAAAUGCCUGCUUCUGGGGAGCCUCAGGAGCAACCAAAGAUGUCACAAGCCGAGAAAAAACGGAUGAGCAUUAAAGAGACGAGGGAGAGUCUGCCGGUGUUUCCAUUCCGUGAGGAUCUCCUGAAGGCCAUUGAAGAGCACCAAGUGCUUAUUAUUGAAGGUGAGACAGGCUCUGGGAAGACCACACAAGUUCCUCAGUAUUUAUCCGAAGCUGGCUACACUAAGGAUGGGAAAAAAGUAGGUUGUACACAGCCUAGACGUGUAGCAGCAAUGAGUGUAGCUGCGAGGGUAGCUGAUGAAAUGGGCGUGAAGCUUGGUAAUGAGGUUGGUUAUAGUAUUCGUUUUGAGGAUUGUACUUCCGAUCGUACUGUCCUUAAGUACAUGACGGAUGGUAUGCUGCUGAGAGAAUUCCUUAGUGAACCAGACUUGGCUGGAUACAGUGCUCUGAUCAUCGAUGAGGCUCAUGAGAGGACGCUCCACACUGAUGUCUUGUUUGGUCUUGUGAAAGACAUUGCUCGCUUCAGACCUGACCUCAAGCUCUUGAUAUCCAGUGCAACAUUAGAUGCUGAAAAGUUCUCUGAUUUCUUUGAUGAUGCUCCUAUCUUCAGGAUCCCAGGAAGGAGGUUUCCAGUGGACAUUUAUUAUACAAAGGCUCCAGAAGCAGAUUACUUGGAUGCUUGUGUGGUGUCAGUGCUGCAAAUACAUGUUUCACAACCACCAGGAGAUAUUCUCGUGUUUCUUACUGGACAAGAAGAGAUCGAAUCAUGCAAUGAAAUGUUACAGGAAAGAACAAAGAAACUUGGUUCCAAGAUAAAAGAAUUAAUCAUUCUACCGAUCUACGCCAACUUGCCUUCUGACCUCCAAGCUAAGAUAUUUGAGCCGACACCACCAGGUGCUCGAAAAGUUGUUCUUGCUACCAACAUAGCAGAGACUUCACUCACCAUUGAUGGCAUUAUAUACGUCAUUGAUCCAGGAUUUUGUAAGCAGAAGAGCUACAAUGCAAGGACUGGUAUGGAGUCUCUACUGGUUACUCCUAUUUCAAAGGCAUCCUCCAACCAACGUGCUGGUCGUUCGGGGCGAGUGGCGGCUGGUAAAUGCUUUCGUCUCUACACGGCUUGGGCCUUCAAUCAUGAACUUGAAGAAAAUACCAUUCCAGAGAUUCAGAGAACAAAUCUAGGAAAUGUUGUCCUACUCCUGAAGAGUUUGGGGAUUAAUGACUUGAUUCAUUUUGAUUUCAUGGACCCUCCACCCCAUGAAACACUGGUAAUGGCAUUAGAACAGCUAUAUGCACUUGGAGCUCUCAACCAUAAGGGAGAGCUAACAAAGUUAGGUCGUCGGAUGGCUGAGUUUCCAGUUGACCCAAUGCUCUCAAAGAUGAUUCUAGCAUCUGAAAAGUACCAAUGUUCUGAAGAGAUACUCAGCAUAACAGCCAUGUUGUCUGUAAAUGCCUCCAUAUUCUACCGUCCAAAGGACAAGAUAGUUCAUGCGGACAAUGCAAGGGUGAAUUUCUUCGUCACGGGUGGAGAUCAUCUUACACUUCUUAAUGUUUAUAAUCAGUGGGUUGAAACAGGUCACUCUACUCAAUGGUGCUUUGAGAACUUCAUACAGCAUAGAUCAAUGAAAAGGGCACGAGAUGUGCGUGAUCAGCUUGUAGGUCUUAUGGAGCGUGUAGAAAUUCCAUCUUCAAGCAACCCGCAGGACACAAUUGCAAUUCGCAAGGCGGUCACAGCUGGUUUUUUCUACCACACAGCCAAGUUCAGCAAAGGAGGGCAGUAUAAGACUGUCAAACAUCAGCAGUCUGUCAUGAUCCACCCUAAUAGCAGCCUCUUUGAGGAGCAGCCUAGAUGGGUUAUCUACUAUGAACUUGUUUUCACUACAAAAGAAUUUAUGAGACAGGUUAUUGAGAUUGAAAACCAGUGGCUGUUAGAAGUAGCACCUCAUUAUUACAAAUCCAAAGAGCUUGAAGAUGGUUCAAAUCGUAAAAUGCCAAAAAAUACAGGAAAAUCACGAGAUGAAACAAGGGUUACAUAAAUGGAUAUGUACUGAACUAUGGUUCCCAAAUUUGGAGAAGCUACUUCCCAGGAGAUCUUAAACAAAUCUAAGUGUAUUUUGGUGUGUGUGAUAAUAACCAUUGCAGAAUGGCUUCAGGGAGACAAGUAAUACACUAAAAACAUGCAGACUGGAAGGUUUUUACUUGCUUGUGCGAGUGCAGGGGACAUUUGAUUUCCAGGUGGACUCCUGUGACUUGUGAGAACCCGAAUUUAAAAUUUCAACAGCAUGAAUGGAUAAAAAUUUAAAUGCUAGCAACUAUAAAAUAUAUUACUGUAUGUUGUGAGAGUACAUAAUGAUGAUGUAUUUAUACUUCAUUGAGUAUUACCAGGGUUUUAGUUAUAAUUAGGCAGAUAGCCAAAUCCUUAUAGCUUCAAUUUUCGUUCAACAUUAGCCAUAAGCUAAUGAGUUAAAACUUUCAAUUUAUAUUCUUUUGCUUUGGUUAUAACAUUUCUACUUGCCUAAUAAUUUUCAUACCAAACAAAAUUGCUAAACAUGAUGUAGUUCUUAAACCCUGUAUUACUAUUAUUUUUUAAAUUAUGAUAUACCUGCCAUUUUCACAUCUACAUAACUAACAAGCUAAAUUCACAAUAAUUUUUGUGGUAGUAGACAUAACUUGGCUCUUGCAAUAUUGAAGUACGUAAUUAUAUACCAGUAUAUCAAACACAUUUAAAGGAUACCAUGCUUAGAAUGUCUGUAUUUAUUUAUUGUUUAUUAUAGUAUAUUUAUUCAAAAUGAUAAACAUCAGAAAUGGGUUUCUUGAUAUGGAUUGUUAUUUAGAAUUCCAAAGGAUGCAGAUGGACCUUUUUGCUCAUUCCUGCCCUCUGGAUAUUGUUGCUAAGGUAUAACAAAAUGGAAGCAUAAAAUGUACAGAAAUAUGUGCAUUUGUGGGACAAAAAAAAAACAAGUGUUUGUGGGACAAGCUUGUAUUGCUGGCUCUGUUCUGAUUGGUCAAGUUUAAUUGACCCUUCAGAAACGUCUUGGUAAUAGUAACAACAGUUGUAUAGAGUACCACAGUCGUGUCGUCACAAUGAUAGGUGACGCCCUCUGUUGCCAACCAGAUGUUGGUUACCGUUCAUUACGCCUGAAUGACUUCAUAGGUUUUCUGGAAUAGGCGUUUUCUGUUUUGGCAAUUCACAAUUGAAUAACUGCACAGUAACAGAUCGUUGACUUCUUUAGUUCUUUCUAGGAUUGGUCUUUUAUCAGUAGACUUAUGUGACAUCACAUUUUGUAUCUUCUAAUAGCUUAUGAAAGCGUCUCAUCAUUCCUCCAACCGGAUUUAUUCUCAAAACUUACAUGUGGGACGAUAUAUAAGUGUCGUAACAUUCCCCUGGGCCAGUAACACACAAACGAAUAAAGACAGGCAAUGCUAAUGAUAGGGUCUGUUGUACAACUAUUAUGCUAUUGACUACGGAAUUUACUUUGAAUAUUUACAAAUUGUAAAUUUAGUGUUCCUGCAUUUUUGCAUCUGCACAAUGUCAUUUAUUUGCAUAUUAUUGUUACCAAGCAUCUACAUUCAUAAUAAAUAUAUAAAUAUAAAAUUUGUUAUUUUCAGUAAUGAAGAUUAAAAAGGAAUCUUAUAUC